CUCUAGACCCCUACAAACUUUUGUAACUUUGUUUUUUUAUGCCAACCAAACAAAUCCUAAUUAAGAAAGCUAAACCGCCCUCCAUUCCUUUCCUCUCUCCAGCUGUCUGCAACUCUGCCACCUUCCCCACGUCCACCACCCAUGUCCACCGCCACUACCACCAUCUCCACCACCAAAAUUCCAGCAUAAUUUCUACUCUUCCGUCGUCAACACACUCUUUCUCUCUUCAAUUCGUCGAGGUAAUAACUAAGCAGAUAUCAAUGGAGAUUUCGACUAAGAGGAAGAGACUCGACGCGCGCAGUUUUCGACAAUGGCAUAUAGCGGAGGCUAGGAAGAAUAAAGAUUCCAAGUUGAAGGAGGGUAGCAAUGAUCAACUUGAAGUCAAUUGCUCAAAAGAGAGUGAUUCCAAGAAGCAAAGGAUUGACUCUGAAGCAAAACCACAUGCUGGCAGUGGAGAAGCAAUUCCUGGUGAACUUGAAGAUUUUGAGCUGGCUUCCAUGUCAACAAAUACCCUGUUGCAUGAGAAAACACAUGGUGAAAUGUUAGAGGAUGGGGUACUUGGUGACGUUGGUGCUAAAAAACGACCCCAAGGCUUAUCUGACUGCAAGACAAAAUUUCCAAGAUACGUUGAAUACUGGGUGCCUGUAGGUCUUUCUUAUGUACAGCUUGAGAAGUGUUGUGAGACAUUGCAGAAAAACUCGAUGUUGCUAUGCUCAAAUCAAAAGAGAGUACAUGAUGGUCUCAUUGAUAUUCUUUCUACGAUCAGGAAGUGCUGUGACCACCCAUACCUAGUGGAUUCGUCUUUGCGGGGGUUUGUCAAUGAGGUGCAUCCAAUUGGUAAUUGUUUUCGUAAUGAUAUCGAAGUCAGUGGGAAGAUUUUAUUACUUCAUAAGCUGCUUCAAGAGGUUAAGGAGAAACAACUAAGAGUGCUGAUUGUCUUUCAGAAUUUAUUGCAGUCGAAUAAUUCAAAACAACAAGUCGUGAACCUUCAACACAUUCUUGAUGACUUAAUUUGUGCAAACGUUGGUGAAGAUUGUUACAUACAACUUUAUAGAGAAUUCGACUCUAUCAAGAAGCGGGCUGCAGUCGAUCUUUUCAAUGAUAGAGAGAGCGGGAAGCUUGUGAUGCUAAUUGAGAAAAGCUCUUGUCAACCAAGCAUCAAACUCUCAUCAGUGGACUGUGUCAUCCUGUUUAACAGUGAUUGGUGUCCAAUCAAUGACAUUAAGUGUCUGCAGAAGAUGUUAAUCGAAUCAAAGUUUGAUCAUCUAAAGGUAUUUCGUUUGUAUUCAUCAAGAAGUGUGGAAGAAAAGGCUCUAAUUUUGGCAAAGAAAGGUGCUGCUCUUGAGAGCAACUCAAACCAUUUUAGUCAAAAUACUAAUCAUAUGCUGCUUCUCUAUGGUACAUCCUACCUAUUCAGUAAACUGGAUGAAUUGCAUAGCCAGUGCUCAUCAACUUCCGAUUUAAGCCAUUUGUCUGAGGAUAAAUUGGUAAUUGAUGUUCUCAAUGAGUUGUCAGCACUAUUAUCUUGUCCAGAAAAUGAUAACAUGAGUUGUUCAUUGAUCUCAAAAGUUCGCGAUGCAAAUGAUGAUUGUUUUCGGAAUAUAGCUUUACACGGAGAACAAGAUGAAUCCGUUAGAGAGGAUGAUAUACCUCCAAUGGCAAUAUGGACUAGUCUUCUUGAAGGAAGGAAUCCUCAGUGGAAGCUUUUACCAAGAUCAUCAGAGAGAAUAAGAAGAAGAGUUGAAUCAAAAAAUGAAGAUCCAAGGACGCUAAGCAAAAAGACUUCACACAUCCAAAAUAAAUUGUUUGAUUCAAAACCCGAGGUUCAAAAAGUAUGCGGAUCAUCUCCAGAUAAAAUAGCUGGUCAUCAAAAGUCUUGUGGUAGUGCUCUUAAAUUGUCUUCUUGCAGAGAUGACUACAGCCUAAGUGAGACAGAGAACACUUGUGAUCGAAGCAUGAGAGACCUUAUGCUAAAGCAGAAAAAUGAAAUUCGUGAAUUUUAUAGGACUAAGAGGGAGGAAAGGGCGAAGUUGGAAGAAGAGCACCAGCUCGAAGUUGAUAAUAUGAAUAAAAAUUAUAGAGAGACAGUCUUGAAGCUAGAGAAACUCAAGACGCUGGAUAUCAUUUAUGAACAAAAACUCAAAAAACACAGCCAUCAGAUGGAGAUAAAGAAGAAGGAGCUGGAAGAUGAGCAUUCGGCAUCAAGGAUGAAGGAAAAACAACGAAUAGAUAAUAUGUUGAAGACAAAGAACCUGGAGACACCGACCACAUCACGUGUCAAGUUACCCUUGUUGGAUACUGCACUGGAACAGCAAACUGUUAAUUUGAAUGAAAAUGCUGUUGAUUCCGCAAUCUUGAUGUCAAACACUGCUUCUGUCUCAGAAAGCAAGCAUUCCCAUGAGAUUGAACUGGGCACGAUGAAUGCAUCUGCGCAAUGCCAUGACCCCGGAUGUCCUGAUCUUGUGCUGACUGAUACAGAUAUCUUAUCUGGAAAGUCUAAUGAAGAAAAUGAUGCUGCAUCCAUGCGCACAGAAGAAGUAUCCGAUACAGAAAAACCUAAUGAUCUUAUUCCUUUUCCUGCUAAUAAUAGAGCUUCCACUUCCUCAUCCCUUUGGGAUAAUGAAUGUCAAGCUACACUGCAGGCAUCCAAAAGAGAUGUUGAGGGGAAUAGCUCCACAAACAUGGAAUCCUCCAAAGAAAUUAUUCAUUGUAUGACACCCAUGUUACCAGUGAGUGUGUCUUUGGAAUCUGAUGGAGAGAAUGAUGUAGCAGUAGUGCCAUCUGGAGAAGUACUUGACACUUGCGUUGAGGUGCUAAAUUGUGGUAAUUUGUGCACUUCAGAAGAAGCUCAACUUAAUACAUCAUCUGGGAACAGCUGUGCAGAAUCCUUAUCAAAUUUUCCACGUACAGCAAUACAGGAACCGGACUGUAACGUCGAAGCAUUUGGGGCAACAAAUAGAGAAGCUGAGAUAGGAGGUGCUUCAGACUUGGGUCCUAGUCUCCCUGUAACUUGGAGGCAGAGGAUAGAACAGGUGCAAGAUGAGCACUGCAACUCCGAAGCUGUUGUUGGGGUAUCGAAUGAACAGGCUGAGAUAAGAGGUCCUGUAGACUCGGAUACUAAUGGGACUGUAGUUGAGCAGCAGAGGGUAGAAGAGGCACAGGAUGAGGACUGUAACAUCAAAAUCUCUGUUGGGGCACCUAAUGGAGAGGCUGAGGUGAGAAGUGCUGCGGAAUUGGGUACUACUGCCCCUGUAGCUUGGACGCAGAAGAUAAAAGAGCUUCAAGGUGAGCACUGUAACACUGAAGCUGCUGUUGCGGUAUCUAAUGAAGAGGCUGAGAUGAGAGGUGCUACAGACUCGAGUGCUAAUGUUACUAUAGCUGAGCAGAAGAGGGGAAAAGAGGUGCAGGAUGAGAACUGUAACAUCAAAACCUCUGUUGGGGCGCCUAAUGGAGAGGCUGACAUGAGUGAUGCUGCAGACUUGGUUACUACCGCCACCAUGGGUGUGCAGCAGGCAAUAGAAGAGCUAACAGAGCUUCCUCCAUCUAGAUUAAACUGUGGCAGCCAACUCUUUGUCCAGCCACAGACAUGCUCAGGGAUUGGAAAUCCUUCUGAAUUAGAGCAGCCAAUGCUUUAUGCAAAUCUUCCUUAUAAUGAAAUCAGGCAGAGUGCUGGAGCUUCUGCUGUAUCAAACUGUCAAACUUCUAGAGUCCUUGCUCCUUGUCAGCCAGGUCAGACUCAGAUAACUUUGAGGAACCUGGGAUUGUGUGAUCAUCCUGUGGUGCAAACACAAUGGCAGUCAACUGCUGGUCAGGAGCAGCCUCAAUUUUCCAAUUCUGGUACCUCAGCUAACAUGCAGUCAGCCAAUAGCUAUCUUCAAGGAUCCCCGUCGUUGAGAUAUAAUUUGCUGCCAUCUAGCUUUGAUCCACUACAGAAUGAGCUGGUAAGAAUGAAAAAGGAGGAGGAAGAAGCUGUUAAGAUUCAUGAAAACGAGACGAUACACCUUAAGUCUGCCUGUAAAAAGGAGAUGCAGGAGAUUCAAAAGAAGUAUGAUCUGUUGCUUAGGGAAGCUGACAAUAAAUUGGUGUGGAAGAAACUGGAUUUGGAAUCCCAUUACAAAAAAGUUUAUGCCCACAAGUUAUUGGCUGAUACUCUGAAGUACACCAAUCAGAAGCAGACAUCAACUUCAAUGUCACAAGAAGCUCUAUUGAGUACAGUCCUUCAGUUUGGUCCACUGCAGUUCAACUUGCCUUCACAAAGGCCUUUUGGGGUGACGGGUGAACCCACAGCACCACCCAUUCAAGUGGUUCACCAGUUAUCUGAACUCGUCUCUUUUGAUGCAACCAGACCUCAGAACUGCUCUACAUUAUAUAACACAGGAAAUCCGCUUGCUGGUUACCAUGCUAGGUCAUCAGCCCCGCAUCUCCGGCCACCAAGACCAGUAAACUCUCACGGAUCAUCGCUUCAGCAUCAUGGCACUCAACAAAAUCCUCUUCUGCUGUAGCAUUUUGCUAAAUUAUUUUUUGGAACAGGGUCUUUUGAUGUAUAUAAUAGUGGCGGGGUAGCUUAUUUAGAGGAGUUGAUCUGAUUAUUAACAGGGUGAAAAGGGUAACCUCUCUUUUUGUAAGAUUUUGUGUAGCAAGGAGGUUGAAGAUAUGUAGAUAGGGACUUACUGUAAAUGGGUUUGCUAUAUCCAGAGAAGCUGAAAAGAGCUUUUCAAUUUUGUAUAGCUUAUCAUCAUGAAUUCAUGAUAAGUCGGUUAAAUGUUAAAAACAAGUCUGUAAAGCUGCUAAUAUGCUGUUUUUCAAAUGCUAAUUUUUCUAGUAAA